UCUUCCUUGGUCUUUGUCGCCUUUUGAAAACUGGCCAGGUUCGGGUACUUUGUUCGCAAGUGUUUUUUUCACAUUCUGGUACCCUUGUAUCUCUUCCGCCUAUCUCGACCCCGCCUACCUUCGCUCCCGACCGAUCCUUUUUUUCAUUUUCUCAUCGUCCAAGGGCGCCCACACUCGCUCGUUCGUUCACCAUCAUGCGUGAUAAUGCACGCUUACACACUCUUUCGUUCUCCGCUUUAAGCGGUUACUGCCACGCUCGUUUGCAUUCCAGUAUGCCAUGAAACACGCAAGUCACACUCCCUAUAUUCUGGUUCACUCAAAUCAUCAAUGUCGGUCUCUGCGUCUCCCUGGGACGGGUUUUUUUUUUACGGAUAGAGAAAAUUCUCUGAUUCUCCCUCCACCAAUCGGCUCCUCAUUCCCCCAGCUCGUCGACGAGCUUGUUCUGUUUAUUCACCGGUGUAUCAAUCCCACUCUGUCAUUACUUACUCAUGAACCGCGAACCUGGAGUCAUCACACAUUCAUUAACUCAUCGCAUUCAAGCGUGUACCAUCACCGCCUCUUCGUUAUCGCUUUCGUUCCUACUAUCUCCGUUCCUGUCCACAUCACUUCCUUCUUUGUACAACCCCGUCCUCUUUUUUGUACAACAUCUGUCCUCUUCUUCGCACAACUCCCCCUGUUCUCGUCCAUCUUUGUACGACUGCCCUCGUCGCUAUACACGUCGAUCGUGUUGUAUGACAGGAAAUUGGAUACGACGCAUGUAUGUACUCUUGGUCGCAUUUGAACUAAUCAGCGUGUACAUGAAGUAGAAGAAAGGUUGUGGAUUCUCGCU